AUGGCGAGCAGCGUCAUGAAACAAGCCUCCGCGGCUCCUGCAACUUUGCAGGAGGCCCAGACAACCGCGCUCUUAACACUGCUUAAUCUCAACAGUCCUGUCGAGAAUACCCCAAGUCCCACAUCGUCGAGUGUAAAACCUCCCUCAUCUUCCAAGGUCCCUGUUCCCGCUGGCCCUCCAGUGUGGAAAGUCCUCGUUUUGGACCAGCACACGAAGGAUGUCCUGGCCACUGUGCUUCGCGUUCAAGAUUUGCGUGACGUGGGAGUGACUCUGCAUGUACAGCUACACUCUAAUCGUCCACCACUGCCGGACGUGCCUGCCGUUUACUUCGUCUCUCCCACUCUUGCCAAUGUCAAGCGAAUUGCACAGGAUUUAGAGAAAUGUCUCUACGAGUCCUUUCAUCUGAAUUUCGUCGAGCCAUUACCAAGAGCCCUUUUGGAAGAACUUGCAGCAGCGGUGGCGCGUGAUGGUACAGGAGAGUCCGUCGAACAGGCGAGUCGAGUUGCAUCAUCUGAGGGCUCCUUCUCUGAUCAUAUCCCUGUUGCUAUUUUCAGGUACUCGACCACGGCAGCAUCUGCAUCAACCCCAAAUACUACACCCCAACCAGGUCCCUCGCAAACGCAUUCAACGUAUGCACUACUCAACUCGCCCUCAUCCACUGAACAACAAAUUGAGGAAGAGGUUGAGCGGGUCGCAUCUGGACUGUUUAGUGUGGUAGCAACCACAGGCCAUGUUCCCAUCAUUCGCUGUCCAAGAGGUAAUGCUGCCGAAAUGAUUGCCAAGAAAUUAGAGACAAAAGUCAGAGAUGCCAUACUGUCUGCUGCGCGCUCACAUACAACAUCAAUAUUUGCUCAAGAUUCGACGGGAUUGUCAAAUCUUCAGCGCCCUCUCUUGCUUAUCCUGGACAGGAACGUCGAUCUUGUGUCAAUGAUGUCGCACGGUUGGACAUACCAAGCACUCGCAUCAGACUGUCUAGAGAUGAAGUUAAAUCGUGUCGUAGUGUCUCAACCUCAGAAGCGAUCUUACGACCUCGACUCAAAGGAUUUUUUCUGGGCAAAAAAUGCCGCCAAUCCAUUCCCCCAAGUCGCAGAGGAUAUUGAUACCGAGCUCAACCGGUAUAAGCAGGACGCUGCGGAGAUUACCAGGUCUACGGGAGUCAGUGACGUGAAUGAUAUUGCUCAGAUGGAUCUAUCGGCAAACGCCGCCCACCUGAAGACAGCAAUCACCCAGCUGCCCGAGUUGACUGCGCGUAAAGCCGUUUUAGAUACCCACAUGAACAUUGCCACCGCGCUCUUGGAAGAAAUAAAGAAACGUGGUCUUGAUGAACUUUUCAGCACAGAAGAAGCUAUUAACAAACAGACAGUACAGACCAUUCUUGAAACUCUCCGCCAUCCCAAGGAUGGUGUGACGCCGACGCCUUCAGACAAACUCCGUCUUGUUCUGGUGUUUUAUCUCUCAUCCCCGGAUAAUGCCAUAUCCAAGGACGACAUCGCUGAGCUAGAGAAGGAGCUGAAGUCUUCUGGCGCUGACAUUGCCGCAUUCGAGUACGUCCGGCGGACAAGAGAAAUAUCUAGAAUGACCGUUCCGAGUGCGAUGGGCGGUUCGUCUACGCCUUCACAAGGCGGCGUAACUCCUGGCGGCGAGCUGUUCAAGGGGUUCAGCGCUCUUGGCAACAGAUUGACGGAUCGGCUUAAAGACGGCGGUCUUGAGAAUCUCAUUUCGGGCGUAAAGAACUUCCUACCAGCAAAUAAGCUGCUGCCCGUGACCCGGCUGACUGAAGCCUUGAUGGAAUCGUCUGCCGCGUCAAACCAGUCCCUGCAAGAGACAGACGACUAUCUGUUCCUGGACCCGCGAGCAUCGCGCAAUGCGAACACUGGGCUUGGCAUCUCUGGCGUGAGUGCCCCAGGUGGCGGCGCGGGCUCUGCGAGUGGACGGACAAAGCGAAUGGCAUUCGUAGAAGGCACCGUAUUCGUCGUUGGUGGUGCAGGUUAUGUCGAAUACGGCAACCUGGAAGAGUGGGCGAAGCGGACAGGGAAAAGGGUCACGUACGGUGGCACCGAGAUUCUGGAUCCGGGAGGAUUCGUCCAGGUGCUUGAAGAGUUGGGCAAGGCCGGUGCGCAAGGGUGA